AUGACCCAAAAUGUGAAAUUCACGUUGAAGAACAUGGUCGUGAAUCUCUGCCUACCACACUUCAACACAAACAUAAGCUGCAACAAGUUGUGUGCAGAUGGAUACGAUGUCACAAACCUUCUAUCAGCGGACCCUGCUCACCGGAGACGGGGCUUCAAGCUGGAGUACUUUUUACGUCCUCCGGUGCAGGUGACGUUAAGGUUCGACUUUAAGGUGGAGCUUUGCAGAGUGGAUGUGGAGCUCUGGCCCUGGGGAAUGGAUCGGGGACAGUGCAGCAAGAGACUAGAGAUCAGCACCAGUUCUGAGCCACCACCUCUACAGAAUUUUGGUAAGGAUCAAGUUCAAGAUGGACUCCAGACGCAGGUACAUCUGGAUGGGAAGUGGAGUCUCCAGGCUCAAAGACGAAGGGAGGAGAAUUUGAAUGUGCCUCAGCAAGGGGCUCAUACUCUACCCGGAUGUUCUGAGCAUGCCUUUAAACUUGUGGGCCGUUGUGAUCUCAGGGAGGAAACCAAAGUUACUUUUUCUCGUUGUCGUUUUCAUCCACGGCCCCCCUUCACUUCACCUCCUCCUGCUCAACCCGAGGACGCUCACAGAGAGGAGUUGCAGAGCCGAGGACACCUUUCUCUGACCUCCGUCACACAGCUCCGCGUGACGCUACCUUUUGGCGGCGCUGCGUCCGCUAUGGGUCUCAAGGCUUUAGCGGUGUGGGGGCAACCAGCCCGUUGCUGCCCCCUGGAGGAAGUUGAGAAAAUUGAGCACGCCCACAAGGCCAAUCAAAAACCGCUACCCAGACCUGUCCCUGCUGUCAAUCAAAUUAAAGAUACCUCUCAGGACACACCUCCAUGUGUUCAAUCCCGCACUUCAAUCCCAGAGGAGUUCCUUGAUCCUAUUACGCAGGAAGUAAUGGCGCUUCCGAUGUUGCUUCCGAGUGGCAUGUCUGUGGACAGCAGCACCCUGGAGGAGUACCAGAAGAGGGAAGCCUCCUGGGGGAGACCUGGAAGCGACCCAUUCACCGGCGUUCCCUUCACAGCCAGCUCUCAGCCUCUCCCUAAUCCCCAACUAAAAAGACGAAUUGACCUUUUCCUCUUGCAUAGUGGCUGCUCACGGGACGGGACGACUGGGAGACAAGGGCUGAGCGAAAAGCCGCAAGCUUCAAGGCUGAUAAACUCUUUGGCGACAAACCCAAACCACUCUUUAGUGGCUGCCGCAGAAGAGAAGCCCACAUUGGGACAGUUGUCAGAUUACAGAAAAGUUUCACUGGACUGUAAGCGUCAUGAAAAAAGCACGACUCUGGAGCUUGAUGAAGGGAAGAAACGACACCUGAGCGGAUCAGGAGCUAACAUGCAGCAAUUACUUCCUCAGAAUAAGCGACCAAGAAGUGACACCUCAGGGCCAAGCAGCAGCAGUUCGCAUGAAACACGUCUGACAGCCAGCCUGGAUGAUGCCCUCUUCUCCGUCUUAAAGGGGCGGCCCUCCUUCACGUCUAACUUACCUGUACAGGGGUCUUCCUUCCAAGGCACUCAGUCAGUGGCAGCCUCAACCCAAUGUCAGACCACUGCUCCUAGGGCGACAGACGAGACGACAUGCUCUUCCUGUGCUUGCACCCUUUCCUUGUACUCGAAGGCACCAUCAGCCGUUUACCAGCUGCUUUGCGGUCACUUGCUGUGCCGCUCUUGCCUGCAAAAUAAUUUGGCACCCUUGCCAAACUCUGUCACCACGACGACAGCCUCCGCCCACAUCCUGUGCUCUGCCUGCAGAAGCCCCACGUCUCGCGCCGACAUUAUACGUGUGCAUCACUAG